AUGACAAAAGUUUGGAAGAACAAGCCGAAGUCCAAGCGUCAAAAGAUUGCUUCGUGCUCGCCGACUUCCGUUCGUUCCCGCUCCAGCCAGGUUUCGCGCCGCUCAAUGUCUCGGCCGCCUGCGCGUUCGCCUUCAGUGGCCCAUGCCAAGUCGCCUGAGAGUCGCCUGAGGUCUCGUUCGUAUUCGAUGUCAAGUCAUCCGACCGCGUCUACAUCUCCAACGUCCGUUCUUGCCACUCCUCCAAAGGCUGAGCCUUCGAAGGACGACCAACCUCCGGCGGUCGUGGACUUAACGCGAGAUGAGAGUGACGAAGACAUGGAAGAGGAACCGGCUGCGGUUCCGACGAACUCCGAGGGCACGGAGGUGACUCGCCAAGCUUCGUCGACUCCUCCAGGAACUCCCUAG